CUGUAAUCUCUACAGUGUUUCUCUCUCGGGUCCAAUGUCCAUGUUGGAUAACGGGAAAGCAACUUUUCUACACAGCACAGUAUAAUAAUGAACUUGACAGGAGCGGCCGUAGGAGCUGCAGGACGCGGACAGUGGACCGGUUCAGGCGCCGCGUCUUUAAGCUCCAACCCACGCAAAUUCAGCGAGAAAAUCGCGCUGCAAAUCCAGCGGCAAGCCGAAGAUAUAGCCGCCUUCCAGGAGGUUAUGACGGACAUCACUUCCACCAGGAUUCAGGCUCAGAAAGUCCGACAAGCAAGGAGCCUGGCUUCGUAUUAUGGAGGAUCUCUGCCAAAUGUCAGUCAGAUAUCAGCAUGUCCAUCAGGAAAACAGAGCCAACAGCUGUGUAAUGUGAACUACAGGGUUAGCCAGCAGCACCAUAUGAGGACGGAACAUGGACAAAGAGAUCACAGGCCCAGCGUCCAUGGCCGACCAAACAGGAGACAUAUUGAAAGCGCCCCAUAUCUGUCUGCGCACUUGUCUCCUUCCUCAGGCCCCAGCUGGAGGAGGAACUGGUUUGUCAGAACUGCAAAUGAGAAAAGUCAUAUGGAUCAAAUGCAGAUGAAUGCCCUUAGUAGGACUCGCUCAGACUCGGCCCUUCACACUAGCGUGAGGAUGACCUACAUUGGUGACCUGAAUCCUGAACAGGUCUUGACAGGCUGCCCCAAAAAAGCUGGGAUCUCAUUGUUUUCACCGCCAGUGCCUCUGAUUGAGGAGAAUGUCCAAGAGGAAGGAAGGACUCCUAAAUUACAGAAGAUAACAUCAGCAUGUUCUGGAUUUGACACUCCUGGAAAUCACAUAAGCGGCUCUCUACCAGACCUCUCCAGUCUGUCUUUGCCUUCUGCAGUGCCCGAGGCUUCAAAUACACAACCUCCGAUCGACACCAAGUCAACCAGCAGCUCCACUGGCAUACACCAUCUACCCAGCAGUGCCACACAUGAAGUCUCAACUGACAGUGAUUUUCCCAUGCCUAGUUUGUCAUCAUCUCUCCAGGCGAUGACCAGUAAUCCCUCACUUCAGUCUUCUCUUAGCAACCCAAAUCUCCAGGGGACGCUCAGCAGCCCCUCGCUACAUGACUCCCUAAGCUCCACAUCCCUGUGCAUGUCACUGAGCAGCUCGUCCCUGAAGUCCUCCCUUAGUAGCCAGUCCCUGCAGUCUUCCUUUAGCAGUUCGUCUCUGAGUAACCAGUCUUUUCAGUCAACAGCUAGCAGCUACAGUAGUGGGAUUAGUGCAUCUCGCUCUUGUUCCUCGUCCUCUCUCUCCUGCUCGCCACGUACUGGUGGGCAGGUAACAGUGUCGCAAACGACUUCUUCAGUGAGGAGAAACCAGCUCAGCCCUUUAAUGGUGCCCAGUGGUGAAGAAUCCCCUUGGCAACAGCCGACUCUGUCUCCCACUCUCUCCUGUAUUACCCAGGGGGUUGCACUAAACAGCACGAAAGUACGACAAGAGGUCAAACCACCACCAUAUCCUUACAGUCAGUUCCCUGUAACACGGACUCCAAAGGUUCAUAAUUCUUCUCAAUCUUGGCAGCUCCAUCAGUCAGAGGGAUGGGAUCAAUGCAGACAAAAUACCAGAUGGUGUCAACCACAGGGUUCAAAGCUGAUAAGCUCUCAGUGUAAACCACAACCACAUUAUAUGCAGAAUCAGAACCCACAAUGCCAAAUCCGGGACAGUUUGCUGAGUCCAUAUCACUACACAUCUCAGCAACAGCCUGACAAACAAACACAGCAAUAUCAACAGACUCAAAGUAAUCUCCAGCCACAGCAACAACCGAUAAGCUGUACACAGACUCAGCAAUACUUACAGCAACAUGCACAACAAUUUCCACCACAGCACCAACAGCAAUACCAGCAACUUGAUCAACGCUGGAAUCCUCAGCUUCAACUCCUAAACCACAACCAGAACCAGCUCCAAUACCAAAGCAACGAUGAAAGUCCUCAGAACCAGCAGCCUUUUCACCAUCCCAGUGUCCUGGAAGCUCAGGACACAUACACAUCGUGGAACGAUCCAGUAAAUCAACAAAAUGUCCCUAAUAUGAGAAUGCAGGGAUCAUAUUUGAAUUUGAAGCAACGGCCAAAACUACAGUCCAAGAAGCUGGUGCAAGAAAUUGAAAGAGAGAGAGCUCACAGCACUAAACCAAUCCAUCCUCAGAACGAUCUGCAGCUUAAUAAAGUGGCUUCAACUAGUUCACAGGAUAAUGAAUUCAGGUUACACACUAAACCCUACAUUGGCCUUCACCUAACACCAAGCCAGACAGAAGCUCUUUCACAGCAGCUUGGCCAACUCCAAAAGGUCGCCAGAAAUUCUGACUCCAAAUGUCAGGAUGUUGAGGGGAAACAUCUGUGUGAUGUUGAGUACUUCAGGAACUCACCAACCCAGAGUUUCAGCAGUGAUACGUCAUGUAGUUUUCCCAGCAUCAGUUGUGCAGUGUCGUCUGCCUGCUUGGAUGAUGUGAUUUCAGAUCUGCCUUUUUCAGUUCCAGAAUUUGACCUGGACCCAUUUAUCCUGGCAGACUGAAUUAUCUGGAUUGUGGAGGAUUAUAGCUACAUGCAAAAAUAAAAUAGUUCACACAUGCUUUAAUAAUCAGGUUAAAAUGUACUAAAGGAGGAAGAGUAAAUAUUUUAAUAAGUGGCCAAAAAACAGGGCCAACAAUUUAACUUAUAGUAGAGGAAAUGGGCCUUAUGUACAGAAUAUGAAAUAGAUUUGAAACCUUUAUUAAUGUCAGACUGUGUUUUUUAAACCAUUUUAUUGUUUAGUAUUACUUUGAAAAUUCAACCUAGAAGUUACAUUUCAAGCUUGAAUAGUUCUUAAUCAGUUUGAGAAGUAACCCCAGUUUAGUUUAACUGAUCAAGCAGAACUGCUUCCUUUGUGGCACCUACUAAAUAAUGAUUCUAUAACUGCUUUGCACUAUAAAACCACAUUAUUGUUACAUAUUUAAUGUUAAAGCAAAUAUUAAAAAUGAAACUAAUUGUUAUGUUUACUUAUGCUAUGUAUUUUACUAUCUGAAAACAGCCGAUAUGGCACAGCAGGUAACGUUGAUGCCUCACAGCUCACAGCUGCCUCUAAGCUGGUGUUGGUGUCUGUGAAGUUUCACGUGAUCGCCCCAUGUCUCUGUAGGUUUUCUCUGGCUUUUCCAGUUUUGAAUGAAUGAAAAAUGUUUUUAUUUCCUAAUGGUUACCUUUUUCUGUCCCACUUUAUGUGAAGUUUCUCUAAAUGAUAAGUAACUAUGAUGUAAACAUCACAGAUGGAUUACAGCAGCAAGUCUUAUGUAUGUUAACGUGUAAUCGGUUUUGGCAUGCAUGAGUAAACAACUGUUUCUGGACAGUUAUAGCAAAAAAACAAAAAGAAGUUUAAAUAAAAGGUUACAUCUCUCUGGUGUAAAAGGGUGGAA